AUGAAAACACAAAAUCGAUUGCAAUCCUUUCUGCCUCUUUCCUGUGGUCGCACAAGCCAAACAAAUCAAAAGACAUGUGAUCAGAAGGUGGGAUUCAUAGAGGAAAAACAAAUUAAUACCAACAAACGGUGGAACCGGCAGAUAAGUAAUGGGAUUAACACCUAUGUUAGACCAAAGUUAAACAACUUGGGUUUACUGCUUCCGUCUAAUUUUGAUUGUCGAAUAUUGUUUGAUUUGGUGAAAAGUAAGGCUAAGGAGAUUGUGCAUUUGUAUUUAGAGGUGUUUCAAGGAUUGGUCGAACAGAUAGAAGCAGCUGAGAAAGUUGUACCAUACAAUGUUGAAAACAUUAUAUUUGAUAAUGUUGAAGAUUGUCCAGAAGAAGAAACUGUGGCACUGAAUACGGUUAAAGAAAAAAAUUUAUAUGAGUUUGGAAGACUGAUUGACAAAACUUUCUCAGACGGUGAAGAGUCAAAUGAAGGAUGGUCAGAAGAUGAGUUCAUACACCGGAAAAAAGCUUCAGACAUAUUUUAUGGUAUGCCUCCCAUACCUGAUUGUGCUGAUCCUAUUGUUGAACUCGGACCAUUUCACAAUUUAGGUCCAAAUGAUGAUAUGUUUGUUCGUCAAACAUAUGACAACAAACAAUAA